UUCGUGUCCGGGCGACAGAUGUGUUCACUGCGGACCAGAAGGCUGAGGACUACCGGAAAGUAUGAAAAAAGAGCCCGAACGAAUGGGGAAUACGACUCUGGAUGCACUUUGCGCUGAAGGCUUGAAUCGCCGGUACGGUGCUUUAAUGCAGUUUAGGUAAUCUGAACGGGCGGACACGGAUCCAAGAGCACGUUGUUGACACUACUGUAAAGGCAAGGAGGCAGAGCUGGCACCCCCCUGUUGCUCAGGCAAAAUGGCGGCCCCCGCCGCACACCUCUCUGACAAGCGCUUCCUUAUAUUCUUUGACUUCGAUGAGACCAUCGUGGACCAGAACAGCGACGACGCGGUGGUGCAGGCGGCGCCCGGGCGGCAGCUGCCCGGCUGGCUGAUGGACUCCUACAGGCCCGGGCACUACAACGAGCACAUGCAGCGGGUGCUGGCUUACAUGGCCGAGCAGGGUGUGCCUGAGGACGACAUCCGCUCCGCCGUCGAAAAGAUCCCUGCCUCGCCUGGCAUCCUUGCCCUCUUCCAGUACCUGCGCGCCCGUCCCCAGGACUUCGAGGCCGUGCUGGUGUCCGACGCCAACAUGUACUUCAUCGAGGCCUGGCUGCACAGGGUGGGCGCCCGGCAGCUGUUCCAGAAGAUCUUCACCAACCCCGCCGGCUUUGAUGGCAGUGGUCGGUUGCUCCUGCUUCCCUAUCACUCCCACGACUGUGCCCGAUGCCCAGAGAAUAUGUGCAAGCAAGUCAUUGUGCGGGACUACCUGGCACAGAGGGCGCGGGAGCGCGGGCGCCCCUUCCAGCGGGUCUUCUAUGUGGGUGAUGGUGCCAACGACUUCUGCCCCUUGCUAAGUCUGGGGCCUCUUGACACCGUUUUCCCUCGACGAGACUACCCAGUGCACAGGCUGAUAGUGGAGGCCCAAGAGGCUCGAUCUACAGACUUCAAACCUGCGGUGGCACCUUGGACCAGCGGCGAGGAUGUAGUGGACCACCUGAAGAGGCUAGUGGAAGAGAGAUGAAGUGAUGGUGAAGAGCCUGGCCAGAUAACACACUGGCUCCCAACGGUGCAGGCAGGGAUUUAUAAGUUUGUAAGGUAAAGACUUGUGGAUGUUUGCCUGGCCCGUUAAUGUCAGGUGUCAAGGCACCUCCACCUGGGAAGGCCCACGCUUUUUAACACUAGCCUUCCACACCGCACACUUAUUUUAUGCAAGGUGUCAGACUGGAUUAUUGUCCUGUCAGUGACACGGGUGACAUCUAGCUGCUGUGAUUAGACUGUGGCUAGGAAAGGUCAUUUUAUCAUGGGAAAGCAACGCCCCAGGGUUGAACCAUGAAUAUCCAAUUAUUGGCAAAGUAGGCCAAACUGAAAUAGGGCAACUCUUUCCAGACUUAGAAGUAGGUAUUCUGCACUACAAAUCUGUCCUCUGGGCAGACUAGGUAAAAACAGGCAUGCAGAAACACCUCAUGUAGCAGGGUUUACAUAUGUGGGGAAGAAAUGAUGCACUUGUAUGCACUACUGUACGUAACAGAAAUGGAAAACACAUACAGAGAGCUAUAUAUUGAGGAUGGUCUCACUGAGGUCUCUCCUGUGAUCUCAGGACAGGAACACUAUCUCCGUCAUACAGGAGCCUCUCUGUCUGGUGAGGCUCGGCUUGGAGUCCUUUGUUUAAGAUUGAGCACCAGCCCUGGGGUAGUCCACAGUGACACCAUGGCUUACUGACAAGGGUAAAGUUCAGC